AUGUUAAAAUCUCAACUUGAGACGAAAGCAGACAUACAAAGGAAAACAAAUGAAUCAAAAAAUACAGGAGUUUUUGAACAGACAAGUGAGAAUAUAGCAGCCGUUAACGUGGAAUUUAAUCCCGAUAGGACUACUAACAAGUCACGAUAUAGUCGCAGGAAACAUUCUUAUCAUGUGUUUAGCAGUUCGUUGAAAUCAGGCAAAUUUUGGUUACGAAUUUUUCGACCGUGGAAGUGGCGAAAAAGGCAUCACAGAGAACGACUACGACGAGUUACAAGUGAUCAUAGGCAAGAAAAUUCGCCCCCUGCUAUCAUACGUACAUCUUUCAGCACUGUGGAAUCACUUUUCUCUGUUCCAGAUGUUGAUGAGACAUACAGGCCGACACAAUGGAAUUGUUUAAACUCGCUAACUCAAGAACCUGUCCGAAUAAAUUUGGAUUCAUUAAAGGGAGGGAACUCUGCUGAAAAUAUUCUUCGCUUGACUACUGAAGAAGUAGUUGUACCACCAGUUCAAAAAGUUGUAAUUGUUGAGCGCAGAGAUGCACCUAUUUCAAAUAAUUUAGCGAGUAUCAAAGCCGUGGAAACAAAUGUUGGUUAUCUUACGGCAGGAAAUUUGGUAGAUUUUAAAGCCGCUUCCAUUACAACCCAAGCAGGACAGCUUAAUCAAAGUAGAGAAAGCAUAAAUUGUGAGCAGCUUACCGAUCAGGAAUACAAUACUUUCCAAUUGGAUCUCAGAGAAAUGAAAAGUGCAACUGUUGAAGAAAUUAUUGCGAAAGAGCCUGAUUUGUCAGCUCGACCAAAUAAACCUGUGUUAAAGAAACCUGGUGCACCUAGUAGAUUCAGACUUAUGAAACGAACACCGAGUCGAAAAUUACGAUUGAGCGAAAGGACUUCUGGAGCAGUAGAUACUGAUGGUCCUGAGCAAGCAUUGAGCUCUAAUGGGACGAAGUUACCAUCCAGAUUAACUGAUGAUAGCGAUAGCGAUACAGACAUUCAGUACCGUGAUGAUGAGUUAAGUAAACGUCAUGGUAUUGGUUACAGUACGAAUCCAGCCAUUGCAAGUCGUAUCGUACCGUAUCCCUUAACUAGUGAAGAUGAUGAAGAUGUCCCACUGACAAGUUUUGCAUUACGAGUAACCAGAACGGACACAUUUGCGAAGAUGUUAAAUGUGCCUGAUCCUGUCGAUGACAUUCCGAAUCAAACAUCCCACGAUAGACGACAACUGAUGCACAAAGCAAGUAUCAAGUUGGAAAGGAAGUUAAGUGAACGUCCUUCUGUUGAAGAACUGGAGCAACGCAAUAUUUUGAGAGCCAAAGACGCUUCGAUUUCUUCCAAAAUGGCCAUGGAUGAAACGCGCAAAGUCCUGUUGCGUAAACUGAGUUUCCGCCCAACAAUACAAGAGUUGAAGGAUAAGCAAAUAAUCAAAUUUAAUGAUUAUGUGGAAGUAACAGAAGCAGAAGCAUAUGAUCGAAAAGCAGACAAACCUUGGACAAGAUUGACUUCAGUUGAUAAGGCAUUGAUCAGGAAGGAACUGAACGAUUUCAAGGCAACGGAGAUGGAUGUACACGAGGAAAGCCGCAUAUUUACACGGUUCCAUCGUCCGUAA